AUGGCAAGAAUACAAGCUCAAAUGAUCAAGAAAUGAUGGAAAAAACAUGUUCGAAUGUAGUGUUAUCACUAACCUAACUAAACAAAAACAAACAACCAACCAAGUGGUUAGGAGACAGUUAGAAAUGAGAUGUUUUCCUAGGAUUGAAUUCCCCUAGCUAUAGUUGCUAUGUUGGGUUAUAGGAUACGGUGCGUGAGCUCUCUAAUCUUAUGGCCCUUCGUCGUUAUCCCAUGUCUCCAAUUAUGUCCCCUCAAGACCCAUUGUCACUUUAGUCAAGGCUCACGUAUCUGGGGCAUUACGAAUUUAGAUCAUUUCAAUAGGUUCUACAUAUCGUGCACACUAAAGAGUCAGAUAUGUGCGCUUGCAAACCUCUAGAGCAUCGUCUAGGAAGGCGUUCUUGUAUCAAGGGUACGAAUGUCUCGUCCACUACAAAACCCUAAAAACAUUCAUAUACUCUUAAUAUGCUCGAUGGCGCUACCCAGUCUAACCCUAAAAUUCAGGCCUAGUGAUGGCUUAGUUGAAGGCUACUAGGGAAGCGUAUGGUGACUUACCCGAGCAUAAUCAAGCAUAAAUGAACCAUACAAGUACGAGAAUAGUUGAAGAAUCACUUGAAGAAUGAUGGGUUUCAUAUCUCUAUUCGAGUGGACUAGGCCAAAAGCACUGAAAGUCGAGGUGAGCAACAUCAAUCCUCCUCUACUAUAUUACUAUGAUCAAGGAUUAAUGAUGAAUCGAUGAUCAAAGAAAAAGAUCUAGAAGACUUGAGAAUACUGGAGAAAUUCAGAUUUCGUCCAACUUUAGAGGAGAUGAAGCAAUCUAUCGAAGCUAUCGAUGCAAGAUGCUAGAUCAAAGUCCGAACCUCUUAGGAGAUUUGAAUGUAUCACCUAUUAUGAAGGACCAAAGUGACUUCUAGAAGUUGUUCAAUCAUUGAGGAGAAUAUCAAAGUCAAUAAAGGACAUUCCAAUGAGAUGCAUGAAGGUUUUGAAGAGACAAAGGAGCAUGAAGGGCUUGUGGAGCAUGCAGAAUUCGUGGACCAUGGAGAGAAGGAAGAUCAUCUCAAAGCCAACCCAUUAGACGACGAAGAAGAUGGAGAGAUCGUGGACCAUGGAAAGGAGAAUCAUCACGAGGCCAAUGAAGAAAACGAAUAGUUUAUAACUCAAUCUUAGGAAGAAGAAGGCAAUAAAUCCCCUGAAGAAGACGAAAAGGAUGAAGGAAGUUGUUCACAACACGAUGAAAGCACCAUACCACCAAUGGAGAUCAUGAUCAAGAAUCUUCAAUCUAUCGAAGAAGGGAGGAUCAUCACGAGGCCAAUGAAGAAAAUGAUGAGUUUAUGACUCAAUCAUUGGAAGAAGAAGGCAAGAAACUCCCUGAAGAAGACGAAAAGGAUGAAGGAAAUUGUUCACAACACGAUGAAAGCACCAUAAUACCAAUGGAGGUCAUGAUCAAGAAUCUUCAAUCUAUCUAAGAAGGAAUGGAUGAUCAAGCAACCAAGGAGCCUCAAGAAGAAGAUCAUCACAAGGCCAACGAAUUUAAUGUGGAAGAAGAUGAGCUUACAACUUAUGAAGAAGGAGAGGACGAGAUACAACCCCUAGGAGUAAAAACGGAUAUAGAAGGCUGCAGUAUUGAAGAAGUUAUACUAAUCAAAAUUUUCUUUGAUUCGUGGGAAAAUGUUGAAAGCUUCACACCACGUGAAGGUUUCGAACACUUCCUAUGCCUUCCUCAAUCUGAAUCCAGUAGUAAUACACCUACCAAGGCAUCCGCCAUUGAAAACAUCAAGGAGGAAGAAUUCGGGUAUGAUGACCACCCUGAACCUCUUAUUCAAUGUUCAACAAAACCCUUGGAAAUGAAUAAUGAAGAAGAGAUUGCAGAGGAGAAUUCAGAUAAGGAUGAUCAACCUCAAAUGAAGAAUGAAGGAGAGGAUCCACUAGAGGAGCAACAUCUUAAACCAUCAUUUCAAGAGAAGUUUCAAGAUGAGCCACCUGUCAGAAAUGCUAACAUACCAAGAUGAAGCCCCAACUUGAAGAGGAGCAAGAUGCCACCACCAUCCAAGAGAUUGUGGAGGAUUCUAUCAAAUAAGAUAUAUCAUAUAGCUCAAUGGAGUAGACUUCAAGCCAACACCACACCAUGGUUCUUUCUCUCCCCUUUUCUGUAAUCCCUAGUUUAGCUAUGGAGUAGUGCUCUUUUUCACUUGGGUAUUGUGAGAUCUAGCCUAGAAAUGUAGUAGGUUGUUGGAUUUGAACUCUAUGUGUGAUGAUUGUGUGUUUUAAUAGAAUCCUUAAGGUAUU